UUUGAGUUAGCGUCACUCCAGCGGGAACCUGCCCACUGAGGAAGCCGGUUUUUUCCGGCUCGCCUAGGCCGGGGUCUGCCUCUCUGGCGGCUACGCAGUCUUGGAGGCCUGCCUAUUUACUUUGGGGCUGGGAGAGCGAGCGGCGGCGGCGGCUGCCACUGAGGUCUCUGUUGCUUGAGGAGCCUGUGGCCUUAAAUUGUCCCGACAAUCCAGCAUUACAUUUCCUGCUGUUAAGGGUUUGGAGUCAUGAGCGGGUUUAAUUUUGGAAGACCUGGUACCCCUGCAGGUGGGUUCACUUUUGGCUCUGCAAAGACAACAACCACUUCAACUACAGGGUUUACUUUCUCUACACCUGUGAAAGGAGGGUUUGAUUUUGGGACUCCAUCCCAAUCAGUUGCAAGUACAUCUUCUUCUGGCCUGUUUUCGAUCAAUAACCCAGCUUCAACUACACAGACUACAGGAUUCAGCUUUGGAACACCAUUUGCAUCAACUCCUGCCCCAGUGGGAACUGGAUUUUCCUUAGGCUCUGUUACCACCUCUGCUACUCAGUCUGCAACAACCACAGGGUUCUCAUUCAUUGGUGGAAGUGCAUAUCAGACCGGGAGUACCAGUUUCAAUAUUGUCUCAAUGGGGAAUGCAGUUCAACCAACAACAUUUUCAGGAUUACCCUUUACUCCUGCUACUCAGGCAUCUAGUGGAAUGAUUGCUGCACAACCAUUUGCUCCCUUCAACCUUGGUGGACAGUUCCCGGUUGGUGCCCCAACAACUUCGGCUGCAACAUUUGGUGGUAUAAAUUUUGGAUUUGGAUUAAAAUACCCUGGAGCAAGUGGAGCACCUUCUACUACAUCUACUACAACUUCAACCACUACUACCACCACUGUCACCACCACCACCACUACUACAAUCACCAGUGGUUUUACCUUCAAUCUAAAACCACUGACAUCAACUGGGAUUAAUAACAAUGUUCCAGUCAAUGUUAAUUUUGUACCUUCUACUUUGAUGGUUAGUGUGAUCACAACUCCUGUGAUGACAUAUGGUCAACUGGAGGGUCUGAUAAACAAGUGGAGCCUUGAACUAAAGGAUCAAGAGAAACACUUUUUUCAACAGGCCACCCAGAUCAAUGCUUGGGACCAGACAUUGAUUGAGAAUGGUGAGAAGAUUACUACUUUACACGGAGAGGUGGAAAAAGUGAAAUUGGAUCAGAAAAGGUUGGAACAAGAAUUGGAUUUUAUCCUGUCACAGCAGAAGGAACUAGAACAUCUGUUGACCCCUUUAGAGGAGUCUGUGAAGGACCAUAGUGGGUCUGUCUAUCUGCAGCAUGCAGAUGAGGAACGUGAGAGAACUUACAAAUUAUCAGAAAAUAUAGAUGCUCAACUGAAACAUAUGUCCCAAGAUCUCAAGGACAUUAUUGAGCAUCUGAAUUCAUUUGGAAGUCCUGCUGACACUACUGACCCGCUCCAGCAGAUCUGCAAAAUUCUGAAUGCUCAUAUGGACUCUCUGCAAUGGAUUGAUCAGAAUUCAGGCUUGCUGCAAAGAAAGGUAGAAGAGAUAACACAGGUUUUUGAGGAUCGUUGUCACAAGGAACAGGAACGCAAUGUCAGGAUUGCUUUUGACUGAGUAAUAUCUUCAGCUUGUUGUUUUUGGAUUAUUCAUUACCUACAAGUUCUGAGGAUGUUAAGCAGAGUGGUAUUUGCAGUUACUAUCUAAUCUGUGGUUGCAAUAAAGUGUAUGUGGGUUUUUUUCAUUCAAAUAUUGUGCUAUGAAGAAUUAUACUGUAGUUUGUCUUUUAGUGUUAGCAAAUUAAAACUAUAUUAGCCCUUUUGUCUGGGCAGCAACCUAUUAGAUGUUGACUUGUAUGUGUAAUCUGCAUCUUACUCUCCUAGAUUCCAUAUACUACCACCAACACAUUAUCCUUCUCACUUCAAUCAGAUUGUGAAGAAAUGUUUGCCUAAAAGUAAAUGCCAACCAGUCGUUAGUGUGUGCCUGUUCUAUUCAGUGUAGUGUAUAGUGCUAAAUACAGUAUAAUCUCUCUCUUCAAAGGAAUUCACUGUCUAGUUUGGGAUAGAAUUAAUGACUGUAUGUAUAAAAACAAUGUAGACAAUGCACGGAAGUAUGUUACAGAUUAAUGAUAUCGUACUAUAGAAAUUCAGCAAAGGGAAGAAAAGUUAGGGACUUGAAUUGAGUUGUUUUAAAAAGUGUAAUAAGGGCCAGGCAAUUCAUUUGCUUUUAAUGUAUAGAUAUCCUGGUGUCUUAUUUCUUUUUAGCAUAUGAUUUAUAGUUGUUGGUUUUCGUGUACUUAGUUGUUUGUUUAUUUGUUUUUAAAGAAAAAGCCUUGUUCUUAGCUUGGAACAGUCUAGUCUCUUGUGUUUCAUGUUUCAUCUAAGUCAUAAAAAUGGUGUGACAUUCUAAAAAAUAAAGUAUAACACCAAAAUAAACUACUUAAAAGUUUUUGAGUGACUAGAACUUAGUUGCCUAAAAUUCCUGAACUGAAUUUCUGUUGUACUGACUGCACUUGACCAUC